AUGCUUUCACAUCACGCAGGCAAUUUGGCCAAGCGAUGUAUACCAGUCAAACGAUUCGCUCGUAGCCUGUACAGACUUUCUGCCACCGACAAUGAGCCUGAAAACAAGCGUCUUGAGACGGCCCAGGACUGGACUGAGUUCCAGAUGGAUCGUGUGCAGCGGACAACACUGAUCAAGCUUAUGGAACAGUAUGGUUCCACCCAAACCCGCGAAAAUACCUGGACACUACGGGAUUCCCUUCGAAGGCCCCCAGCAGAAGCUACCUUGUCUGCCCUUCUCGCGACUGGAGCUCAUUUUGGUCAUGCAGCCUCCAUUAUGAACCCUAAUUUCAUGCCAUAUGCCUAUGGUGUGAGAGCAGGCAUUACCAUCAUUGACAUGGAUCGUACACUAGCUCUACUUCGUCGCGCGGUCAACCUUGUUCGAUCCGUUGCUCACAACCGUGGACAGAUCGUCUUCGUUGGCACACGAGCAGAUAUUCGCCCUGUGGUUGAGAAGGCCGCUCGACGUGUAGGACGCCAGGGAUAUCAUGUCGGGGAGCGGUGGCUGCCAGGCACGUUGACCAACAAGUUCCAAAUGUUCGGCGAGGAAACCGUGACCAAAAAUAAGGUCGUGCCAGACCUUGUCAUUCUUCUCAAUCCUCUCGCAAACAUGAAUGCAAUUCGUGAAUGCGCCGUCGAACACGUUCCUACCGUUGGAAUCAUCGACUCUAAUGCUGACCCCCGCCUCGUCAUGUACCCCAUACCUGCCAACGAUGAAAGCACACGUACAGCCGAACUUAUUGCUGGGAUACUCAGCGUUGCCGCCAGAGAGGGCAUUGCCAUCAGGCAGCAAGUGUUGCACACACCAGACUUGUGGGAGAUAGACGAGAGGAUGAAGAAGACCAUUCAGGCAGACUUACCUGAUAUUGACUUGGCCACCGAUCCCUUCGCUACACAUGACGACGAGUCUUCCCCUCAGAGUGGGUCCCAGAGAGGGCCGCCGCAAAAGUCCGACGGAUAUGGUUGGGAUUAUUGA